CACAACCACGAAAUCUAUCACUCAACCAUUAUCCCUUCUUUGUCCGUCCAUUGCUACAAAGUAUCAUCACCAUCACCGCGCAUCCAUCCCGCGAGCAUUCUAAAUCCCUCUUCAUCCCCAACGACAAAGGUAACACACACCAGGGAAAGGAAUCUCAUCCAACGAUGGACACAAUCCCCAGCUCCGAACAACGCGCCAUCUUCCUAGCGUGUCGCGCGAUCUUCAGCGGCACGAACGCCAACAUCCGCAAGACGAAGACCAUCCGGGCGCAUCUGGAAAGCCACCACAGCGCACUGCAAGCUCUCAUUCCCAACUACGACAUCUGGCGGGUCCUGCCUCUGGUCAAAUAUUUCUUGGAAAAGGGCCUGUUCCAGUCAAGCAGUAAACCCCAGUUGCAGUUUCCCGGUCUCCUUGAGCCGUGCUCCGUGCGGCAGACGCAGCAUGCGGCACUUGAACAAGAAGCAUCGCAGUCCAAUGAGCGGGCUCUCCAGGAGCUCGCAGAGACGUACGAGGCAGAGCAGUGUAAAGAGGAAGAGAAGGACGAGGAAGGGAAAGGCGGUUUGGCACUCCCAUCUGAGCCUGCCAUGGCCUCAAUACCAGCAGCUGCCAGCGCCGUUGAAGUGGAACCGCACGUGUGGGGAAAUGGAUCAGACCAGACCCUAUCCCCCGAGCGACCGCCUGCCGCGCUCUUCCCGCUAUACCUGCCCUACCACGCCCAGCAUCACAUCCUAACGACCGUCCAACAAGUCCUGGAGGAAUGCAUCUUCGACUUCUGCCAACGAUAUCUACCAGACGAGCUCACAAUCCGGGGCUGGGACUGCGCGCAGGCGGUCGAACUGAGCAAGUGGACGCGGCUUCUCGGCCGAUGGGCGUCCCGACUACCCGACGGCACGCUGCGUCCGACGGACCUCGAGCUGGAGACGAUGCUUGCAACCGUGGUCAAGAUCCGGCACACUGCAGUGCAUCGCCUCCCUACGACGGCACAGGGGGUCUGUGACCUCGUGGCCGUCGCAGGGAAACUGGCCACGACGCUCGGCGACGCGCUGCUGAGCGCGCAGCUGGGUGAUCUGCACCGCGACCUACAGGAGAAGAUCACAAUCCUGGAGUCUGACAAGAGUCUGCUGGAAGCGAAUCUGGCCUGUCAGCUGGAUUACAUACAGGCAGAGCGCGAUCGGUUGGAUCGAGAGGAGAAGGCGAUCCGGGCGAAGACGAUCCAGAAUGACGGCGAGAAUAAGCGCAUGGUCGGCCUGCUGGUGGCACGGUCGGUUGAGCAGAUCUUUAAGGUCUGGGCAGAUGAGUCUGGGGCUGAGGGGGCUUUCUCGUCAGGGCCUGGGCCUUAG